UGUAUAAGAGUCCUAUAAACGUGGUUGUGUUUUUAAUUUCCUUCGGGGUGUUAUUUUUGGAAGCAGCCUCUUCAUGCAACUAUCCAUCUGACCUUCAAAAUGGAGUGUGGUAUGAUAGCAAUAAGGGUCAGCUGACUUAUAAAACCAAUAAAAUGACAGGGUACAACUCUUCAAUUUUCCAAACCUGGACUUCAGAAUGGACUUGCUUCCUUAGGGACGGCGAUUACAUAAUGUCAAAGGCCAACAGUCAGAUAUAUUUAUUUGGUACAGAAGUUGAUGCCUACCUUUGUCAGCUGAUGACAAAAAUCACAAGUUAUUCCUAUUACUAUUACAUAGAAGGAGAAAUCCACCGAAAUGCAAACAAUGAUAGAAUGAGCACUUUCUAUGGGGGAUCAGCUGUGACGUUAGCUCAAGCGUGUGCUAAGUCGGCCCCAAUACGAACAGAAGAGUUUCACGUUCUUGUAAAGUCAACAAAUAUGGCAGACGUCAAACAAUGGCUGCCAACACCGUUGCUAGGCACAUUUGAGUACACCAAAGUCACGUCUGCUGGUGUUUCUUCCUGUGGUACAGGAUCUGUCUGGGACGUCUGCAAUAACCGAACGACCAUGACCUUCAACAUGACACAGUGCAAUUCAGUAGUUGCGUAUUCUCAAGGAAAAGUUUAUGGUGUGUUCUAUGUGACAAAAGGGUCUACAUAUUACGUUGUUGUAGUGAAUCCAGGUACUGUGGAUAAUUCAAAGUAUUUCCGUUUUACCUGUAUGGCUGUAACACAAUCAGGAACUACUGUAACAGUCGUAGAGAAGAGCGGAAGUUGUGGACCAGGACAAAACACCACAGUGGCUCCAUCUGGGGGUUCUAAGUACACCUUGACACCAUAUGUAGCCUGUUGUAAGUAUGAUUAUCAGUUACCUUAG